GUCCAACUUCCGGUUCUGUGCGACGGAAGUGACGUGCUGCGGCACGCCGAGCACAGAGCUGAGGGCAAGAUGAACAUGGUCUUGUGUCCUCCCGCGGCCGGGGCAGCUCGGGCGUUGAGGCUGGUGGGCUGGGCUUCUCGAAGCCUGCAUCUACCGCCUAGUGGCCCUGCUCGCGGCCAGCCUCCGGUUGACCAGGAGGAAGACCCCAACCGACCCAUUCAGUUUUCCUCCAGCAAAGCCAACCCAUCUCACUGGACGGUGGGGCAUUCCCUCGGAAAGGGGCAGCAGCGGCCCUGGUGGAAAGUGCUGCCCCUCAGCUUCUCUCUUAUGGCUCUGGUCAUCUGGUGCUAUCUCAGAGAGGAGAGCGAAGCGGACCGGUGGUUGAGACAAGUUUUGGGAGAAGUACCGGAGCCCCAUGAUCGUCCUGAGGAGCCUGGAACGCCUGCUGCCUUCGGGGCGAGAACUAAAUAGGGGGCCUGCUGGGGCUAGCAGGAGGGAAGCAACCAAUCGCCCUUCGAAAUUAUUUGACAUUGCGUUUAACUGUUUCUGUUCUGGUUAUGCGCGUGUCUUCCGUCCAUACGGACUCAGUUAGUGCUCUUGGCACUGACAUGCGUGAAGGCAGAGCACAAAGUGAGCAUCUAGUAAUCUUGCCUGACACCGGUGUUCAAAGCCAUUUCAGAGCCAUAGAAUUGGCUUUGGCUGCACUGGGUGUUGUUGGAUUUGUGAUGUCUUUGUACAGCCUAAUCAUGUUUCCAAAGCAGUUCUGGUGGCACUUGUAAUCCAGUGUUAAUUUACAGUCAUUUGCUCUCCAAGACAAUAACUGGCAGAGGUGUUAAUAUUUAUAAUGUGCCGUGUUGGUUAUAAAUAGUUGAUGUUAGUUUUCAAGACAGAAUAAUUGGCAGAGGUUUUAAGCUUUAUAAUGUACUGUUGGGUAUAAAUAACAAUUGAUGUUAGUCCUGCAUACUAAGUGAAAAUACAUUUUGAUAAGGUUGAA